AUGAAUAAUACCCGGAGCAAAAUGAGCGCAAUGCUAUGCGAAAAUGUUGAUAUGCUGGUGACAAUGUCUGCGAUUACGAUGACAGUUCUAUCGGGCAUCGCGCUUGUUGUGAACAGCUAUCUGCUCUACUGCUCACGGUAUUUACGACGACCUAUUGGAAUUAAUUUACGUCUGUGUGUCAGUUUGACGGCAUCGGACGCUCUUUGCGCAAUUUGCUACAUUCUGACAUAUUUAGUUAAUAUCUUCUUUAACCAUUUCUCAAACUGCGCAUCCCUUCUACUCGAGGUGUUUAAAUUAACUACUUUUACGGCAUCGGUAUUCACUCUCCUCUUCCUUGCAUUAACUCAUUACGUGGGAAUAGUUCACCCAUUGUAUCGAAAUGCAAUCACGAAUCGGUCUGUGAAAUGCGCUAUAACAUUUUCGUAUGCGGUACCAUUUGCUCUCUACUUGGGAAUCUUCUCAUUAUUCCCAGGAGGACUAUUUGCACCUGAAGCAUUCUCAUUUCUCGACGGAGAAGGUUGUAAAGGAAACCAAAUUUACAGAAAUAGUGCGUUCCGUUUCUCCCUUGUUGCUCCUUUCAUUUUCUUUGUGUGCCUGCUCUCAGCUCUUUAUAUGCAUAUCCUAUUCCAUAUGCAUCAAUUAUCUCGUGACCCACUGUUGAAGAACAGUAAAAGUAAACGAAACAACAGAAAGCUUUUGACGACAAUCAUGCUUCUCGCGGGAUCCGCAUGCAUAGGAUGGCUUCCAACUUCGGUCAACUUUGUUCUUCCGAUAUUCGUUCAAAUUGAUCCGAAUGCUCGUUUAGUCCUUGGUAUCAUUGCCCAAACAUUGCAUGUUUCCAAACUGAUUGCUGAUGCAUUCGUUUAUGCGAGCCGGUUAGUUGAGAUUCGCUAUUCGAUGUGA